AUAUAGUGUAAAUAUUAUGUUAUGGUAUUGUAACUAUGGCUGAUGAAAAAUUAAUAAAGAUGGUACAAAGUACUUUUACUCUGUACGGUCUUGUACUUUCAAGGAAACUCAGUGUUUCACUUGCUAAGGAACUUUUAAAUAUAGAAGAAGACGAACGAAAAACUUGGCUUACACAGAUCGUGGAACAAGUUUUAUUACAAAAUUUAAGCGAUCCACAUAUUACAGUGGAACAUCUUAAGUUAGCAAUAGAAGAAUGUAUAAGACCCGAUACGUUGAAAAAUACAGAAACAGUAUUGAAUGUAAUAAAUGCAUUUGAUAUACCAAAAAUUAAAUAUCAGUUAUCUGAGAAAAAGUUUAUCUUGACAACUGUAGCACCAGAUUUAUAUUCUGAAGCAGCAUACAAAUCUAAAGUAUUUGAAGAUCGGUUUCAAUUACUUUGGUAUAGAACUUUGAAGCAUGAAUUGUUUAUUGCUCCUAAGCUUGGGGAGAAGAAAGAACAUUGGAUUGAAUUAGUACCUAUUGAAUAUUUACUAAGCGAAAGUAGAAAAGGAUAUGUUUACAUAAUGGGUCUUUUAAAUCAAUUAACAGAGGGCCAAUAUUAUUUGGAAGACCCAGGAGGAGCCAUUAAAAUUGAUUUGCAACAAGCAGAUUUUCAGGAUGGUUUAAUCAUGGAAGCUUCUAUAGUAAUAGCUAGUGGGAAUUAUAGGGAUGGUAUCUUAUAUGUGGAAGAUAUAGGUUUUCCCCCAGCAGAAUCGUCUAUUAAUGCGCGUGUAGAGUUCGGUAAUGCCAACACAUUCGGUGGAUCAAACGAUCUCUCUUUAAAGCUAUCAGAAAAACUAAAACAUAUUGAAACAUCUAACAAAGAUGGAAUGAUUGUCUUUGUAUCUGAAAUGUGGUUGGACGAUGCAAUUGUUUUACGCAAAUUUAGGACUAUGUUGGAAGGAUAUUCCGCGUGUCCACCUAUUGCUUUUGUAUUAUGUGGUCAUUUCUUGAGCUUCCCAGCAAAUGUAACAAGCAUACAGAAAUUAAAAGACGGACUUAAAGAUCUAGCUAAUUUAAUAAUGCAAUAUCCGGACAUAAAAGAAUCGUCCAAAUUCAUUUUCGUACCUGCACUCGAAGAUGUGGGAUCACCGAAAAUUCUGCCACGGUCACCACUUCCAAAGAAUCUUACAGCAGAUUUUAGAAGAGAUAUACCUGGUGCAGUAUUUACUACUAAUCCAUGCAGAAUUCAAUAUUGUACGAAGGAAAUUGUAGUGCUAAGGGAGGACAUUUUAACAAAAAUGUGUAGAAAUACACUUCACUUCCCUAGAGAAGGAAAUAUCUAUGAUCAUUAUGCCAAAUCAAUUAUUUGCCAGUCUCAUUUGACUCCUUUAAAUCUUUCCAUAACCCCCGUAUAUUGGAAACACGACCACGCUUUACAAAUAUAUCCAACGCCAGAUAUAAUCGUAGCUGCGGACAAAUUUGAAGCGUACGCAACUACUUAUUCGGAUUGUCACGUGAUCAAUCCCGGACUAUUUCCGAAGAAUGAUCAUUCGUUUAAAGUGUAUGUUCCUGCCUUAGAUUUAAUCGAGCAUUGUGCUAUCCCCAAAGAUAUGGAUGGUAUUUGAUUCUGAAUAAUACGUUUUAAGUUAA